AUGUUUACAGGUCUCUGCCGACGCCGUCACUGGCCAGAGCCGCUCUACGAAUCCUACGCCAGCGCUACCGGGUACACUUGCAUUGUCCGCGUCAACAAUCGCGAGUACCAGACAGAUGUCGUUUGCGCUUCCGAGACCCUAGCCCGCGAAAACGCAGCCAUGCGCGCAUACCUCAUUUGUCGCAACUUUUCCGUCAAUGACGGCAAGUACCCAGCUGGUCACGACCACGGUGGCGUCGUCCAGGGGAUUCCCGUGGCCAUUGGCAAGGGGAGGCAUUCCCGCUACGCAGACGAGAGCGACAUGUCGACGAGUGAAGGGAGCAGAAGCGGCGGAAGCAGCCCAGGAAGCUAUGAAGGGGAGCAGAUGGGUCGUGAUCGACGAUCUAUUGGCUCGCAUUCAAGGGCAUUUGCCUUCAGCCAGCGGGCGUAA